AUGUCGCACGAUCCAAACGAUUCUAUUGAGGUCAAUGUCGUAGCUACGAUAGGUACUGUUUUUUGGUGUAUCCAGCUUAUUCCCCAAAUUAUUCGUAACUAUAGAGUCAAAGAUUGUACUGGUUUUCCUCCACUUAUGAUGAUUUUAUGGGCUAUUUCUGGUAUUCCCUUCUCAAUUUACUUCUUUAUGACUGAUGCUUCAAUUCCAAUCAAAGUCCAACCCCAGGCUUUCACUGCUUGUGCUGUUAUUGCUUUCUCCCAGGCUUUGUACUACCCUCCAGUUUCCAUGAAGGUAAGAAAGCUUUGCUUCUGGACUGGUGGUUUUAUUGUUGUCGGUGUUGCAAUUGAGGCUGUUGCCAUCGUCUUUUUAACUCCCGUCCAUGAAGAUGGAACAGAAUGGCCUUCUAUUAUUAUUGGUACUCUUGCUUCCAUUCUCUUAGCUUCUGGUUUAAUUCCUGCUUAUUUCGAAUUGGCCAAAAGACAAGGAAGAGUCGUUGGUAUCAACUUUGUUUUUUUGUUAAUUGAUUGUGCUGGUUCUCUUCUUUCAAUGAUAUCUCUUCUCAUUGGUUCAAUGGAUAUCAUGGGUUUUGUUUUAUAUUUGGUUUUACUUGCUCUUGAAAUCGGUAUCUUUUUGAGUCAUUUUAUCUGGUGGUGCAGAUUUAGAUGGUUGAAAAAGGAUAAAGUAUCCGAUGAAGAAAGCUCUCUGGAAAUCGUUCACGAAAUUACAAGUGGUGAUUCCAAAACUGAUUUUAAACUAAACUCCAAUUCAGAUUCAAAACAUGAUUCAGCAGUAUGUGAAAAACAUGUUGAAAUCUUCGAAUCUGAAAAAAAGAAUUGA